AUGGCCGGGGUGGGAAGAACAGGAAAUUCAUCCAAGAACAGGGAGAUAGUUGUGAGAUUCCAAGACGCUGGAUCCAAGCCCAGCGUGGCGCUCAUCCUCGCGGCUCUCAAGGCAUGCAGCAAAUCCAGGAAUGAGAAACUGGGUAGAGAGAUCCACGCCGCGGCUCGCGAGAGUGGAUUCAUGGCGAAUUCUUUCGUGGUGAGCUCUCUCAUCGACAUGUACGCCAAGUGUGGGAGGAUGGCCGACGCGAGCACUGUCUUCCACGGGAUGGAGAUACACAGCAUUGUCUCGUGGAAUUCCCUCAUCCUUGGCUACGCCGAGAAUCACCAGCCAGAGAGAGCGCUCCAGCUCUACGAUCGAAUGCUGCGAGAGGAAAGCUUGGCUCCAAAUCACGUCACGGAUCUCGCUGCUCUCAAGGCCUGCGUGGUUCUCGCCAGGGAAGAAGACCCGCAGAUCAUCCAUGGCCAGCCAGUGAGGAUGAAAACUCUGGAGAUAGUGAUGAGGAUCCACUCUCGAGCUGCUAGAGCUGGAUCAAGCGGGCAAGAAGAACUCCACAUCUUCCUCGCCAACUUUUUGGUGGACGUUUACUCGAGGUGUGGCAGCGCGGGUGAUUCUCGACGAGUUUUCGAUCGGAUCCAACACCGCAGCGUGGUUUCCUGGACCUCGAUGAUUCUCGGCUAUGCUGACAACCAUCGCGGAGAGCUGGGCUUGGAGCUCUUCGAAGAGAUGUGUCGCGCCGGCUGCUCGCAAAACCAAGUAACUUUCAUCGCUGCGUUGAAAGCCUGCUCGAGCAUGGCGGAGAGAGAUCCCGGCGCGCUCGUCCACGGCAAGCUUGUCAAGCUCCAGGCCUUGGAAACUGGGAUGAGUCUCCACUCUCGAGCCGAAGCAGCGGGACUUUCCGAGGACUCGGUGGUGGCCAACACUUUGAUCGACAUAGUUUUCGACGCCACGCCGAGGAAGUGUGUCAUCUCCUGGACCGGGACGAUCAUGGGGUAUGCUCUAAACGGUGACGGCGAGGUAGCUCUCGAGUUCUUCCGGCAAAUGGACGAUCAUCAGUGCCAGCCGAAUUACGUCACAGUUCUCGCUGCGAUCAAGGCCUGUGUGUCUUUGGCGGAGAAUGAGGCCGGGACGAUGAUCUUGGGCAGGAUGGUGAAGACGAGUUCGUUGGAGAUCGGACGAACUCUACACCGGCAAGCUCGAGAAAACGGUCACGAGAAAGAGAUCUUCGUCGUCAACGCUCUCAUCGACAUGUACUCCAAGUGUGGCAGCCUCGAGGACGCGUUUACGAUGUUUUGGAGCAUCCAUAGGCGAGAUUCGGUAUCUUGGAGCUCGAUCAUCCAGGCCUGUGCUGACAAUGGCGAGGACGAGCAAGCGCUCCAUCUCUUCUCGACGAUCCAGCGAGAGAAGAAAGUUGUGAGCCCCGCGAUCUUUGUGGCGGCUCUAAAGUCCUGUGGAAAUCUGGGAGCUCUCGAGCGCGGAAGAGCUCUCGAGCUAGAAAUAACAAACGCGGGCCUCGCGAGAAAUCUCAUGGUGGCAAACUCUCUCGUUGGGGUGUACGGUCGGUGUGGCAGUACGGCCGACGCCCAGCGCGUGUUCGAUUCCCUUCCGCCCCACUGCCGCGACCUGGUGACGUGGAAUGCUCUCGUGGACGCGUACGGCCGCCACGGCGACACGGCCCAAGUAAUGUCCAUGUUUCACGCGAUGCAGCACAGCCACGACCGUACGCUGUGGCCAAAUUCCGUAACCUUCUUGCUUGCCUUGAGCGCUUGCUGCCAUGCUGGCCUUGUGGACGAGGGCAAGACGCUCCUGGCCGCGAUGAUUCAAGAGAAUCGAGUGAUUCCGUCGAUCAAGCACUAUACCUGCGUAAUCGACCUGCUGGGCCGAGCUAAUCGCCUGGACGAGGCCGUGGAAUUGGUGGAGCGAUUGCCCUUCGAGGCGGAUGCGGUGAUUUGGACGAGUUUGAUGGAUGCCGCGCACAAAUUUGGGGACGAUCGCGUUGGAAGGAAAGCAUUCGAUGCCGUGGCGAAGCUGGAGGCGCGAUCGGCAGCGUACGUGAUGAUGUCCAACAUCGUAGGAGCGGCAGCGCAAGAGCCCUAA